AUGUCAAAUGUUAUGGAAGCUACAAGUUCCCCUGAUGAAGCAGGUUUGGAUUCCACUCUCAAAUAUGAAAAAAGUCGAUAUAAUAAUGCAAAUGUAUUUCUCCCAAAUACUCCAAUUAUAAUCAAAAUUGUUCAUUCUUGCGAAUCCCAGAUAAUAAUAGAUGCUGGAAAUCAGUUACAAUCAAGAACUGGGUCAUUAGCUGGGAAACAACUCCCCCAUGGCAGUCUUGUACUCACUAACCAGAGUACGAGCUAAGAUUGAAACAUGGAGAUUUCGAGUGGAGUGUUCACCGCACUUUGGCGGAAUUAAAGUCUUUCCAUACUUCGUUUAUGUUACAGAGAGCCUUGCUAUCAAUAAGUAAUAAAAGCCGUCGAAAACUUAAUCCGUUUCCUCCAACUUUUGAAUUCGCUAAUGAUAAAAAACUAUAUAAUCGCAGGGUCAUGUUGGAAAAGUACAUUCAGAGCAUUAUCGAUGUACGAGAAUACCGAGAAACAGAUCUAGUCCUCAGACUUCUUGAAGUAUCACCUUUAUCUUUCGUGAAUUGUUCCGGUGGUUUGAAAUUAAAAGAGGAUUUUGUUAAUAAGCUGCCAUCGUACAAUUACUUUAAUAAGUGCUGUUGUGUGUCAGGAAUCUGUCUACAGAAGCGGUGGCUUAUUUUAAAAGAUAGCUACUUCGUAUACAUGAAACAGCAUGGAGAUAAAGUGAAAGCCAAAGAUAUCGACAAAUCAGCAAAAGGAAAACUAAGACUGGCGUUUUCAAUUGAACUCAGUGGGAAAAACCGAUCAUGGCGUUUGUGUAAUAUAUUCUUAAUGGACCAAAACUUUGCGUUUAAAACGAGAAUAGUAGAGCGAUCAGGACAGUGUCAGCUGAAACUAUAUAAUUCCCUUGGGUGAGCGUUUAUUUGACCCCGUGAAAGUUUUCUGGAAACCGUCUGGAUCUCUAGAUAUUUAACCAGGAUAUCAAUUUACUCUACCAGAGCUUGGGAGAAAUAUGGAGCUAAACGUAUUUCACUAAAAUAUUAUUUGUGAAAUUACAACCAUACGAUACAAAUCUCAAGUGAAAUGCUAAUGAUGUAAAGAAGGCUAUUUCAUAUCAAACAUGAAUGUCCGGUCUCUAUAAAAACCUAUUUCUUAUUAAGAUACUGAAGUACUACCUAUAAAAGUAUUGCUAAAUAAUGGAUGUCCGAUUUUGCUAGCCCAUUACCAUAUUCAUAGCUUAAGAAUUUAUCAGGUUAUCCUUGGUGAAAGUGUAUACGUUACCGAUCAUACCACUUUCAUACACUGGCUGUAAAUCCCACAAUUUUAAACCUUAUUACAUUUUAGGAAUAUAAUAACUCACCUCUCAAUACUUGUCAACUUCGUUCAAUGAAUAUUUGUCAGUAUUUUUAUUUUCCAGUAAACUCAGAACACUUGCAACUAUGGUCCGAUUGGUAUCAGAUUUUGUUGUGAAUAAAGUUUCAUUACAUCAUAUUUGUUUCGUAGCUUUAACAAACAAUUACCGGUCUGAAAAUAACGGAGCGAUUCAAAAUACAUCAUUACCAGAUAUUUAUCUUCAGUCGCAUUGACUACCUGUAAUAAAGACACAGACUUGCUUAAUUAAGGAAAUUCUGUCUAUGUUUGGUAUUUCUGAUAAUUCCUGAUGUAAAAUAAUGUUAUUUAAAAUGCCUUCGUCAACUGGAAAUAAUUUGAAGUGAAAACAGCUAUUUAGUACAUCAGAUCAAUAGAUGAUACUUGUUACUUUUUGGUGCAAGAAAACUUUAAAAGAUGUUGACAUUAUAAAAUUCGAUGUUUGAUAGAAUAUGUGAAUGUGCCCUCCUCUUUGUUAAAUUAUGUGCUUUAUAAAUUUGUUCACAGGUAAUUGCCAUGUCUUAUUGAUAAGCUUAAGCGAAUCUCAAAAGUUUCAGUGGAGUGAUUUGCAUAAAUUCUUACAUCUCUGAAGCCAUUUGUAAAAAGAGCAAAGUACCUUAACUUCCUCUUCGUUAGAAAGCUAAUAAAUGUCAUGGUCUGUUAUUAUUCAUAAUGAUUUAAUGAUUUGCGUUUGUUUGUUGUUGUUCUAUGUCAAAGCGAGUUAGUUGUCAUUUGUCAAUCAGAUGAUCGAAUGAAUGAUUGGAACAAAGUACUUUCAUCACACAUUUACAAAGACGGUACUAGAGAUUUCAUACAAUACAAUCGUUUUGGAUCAUAUGCACCUCCGAGGUCUGAUACACAAAUAUGCAUGUAAGUUUAUUACUUAAGCAAGUUCAGCAAAGUGAUAUUUGUCAGUAUAGGUAUGUGGAGACUGGUGAGUUUUAAUUGAGAUCAUAAACUGAUCAUCGUUAGACCACCACUGAAAACCCGGAAGCACAGGAUGGCCGUUUCGUCCAUUAUGGAAUUCCACUGUAGUGCAGAUCCAGGGUCUCGCACGCGGGACUCGAACCCGGGACCUUCAGUCUCGCGCGCGAACCAUAACCGUAACCAAUCGAGUGCAAGCGUGUUGACUGUGAAGCAUUUACCCACCAAAGACAAUUGAAAAUGGUUGCGCAUUAUCGUGGAUUGGUUGAAGCUAGACAUUAACACCGUUGGAUUGCGGGUCAGUGGUCUAGAGGUUAGACGUUUGCGCGAGACCGAAGGUUCCGGUUCGGGUCUUAAGUGCGGAAUCAUGGAUAAUCAUUGGUGGGCAGUCCCACACUAAGACGAGACGGCCAUCCGAUGCUUCCGGGUUUUCAAUGGUGGUCUAACUAUGAUCGGUUCAUAAUCUCAAUUAAAAUUAUAUCUGCUUUAACUUAACAUGAAAAGUGUUUUUGAAUAGAGUUCACUAAUGAUGGUCAAAAAGCUAGUGAAUACUAGAUUUAACUUACUUUUUUUGGUGCUAAACUCUUCAUACUAUUAAUUUCGCGAAAUCAUUGUAUCAAUCGAAUAUCAGGAAACUGGCAGUUAAAGUCUUUUUUAUUAAAGUGCCUUUCCUCGAAACUCAAGAAAAUAUAUUUGUAAUGAACACCAAGAUUAAAAUAACAGAGUAUAUUGGUCGAAUUCAACACAGAGGACACCAACCAAAUCUCACUUGAUGGAGGAGCUCUGGAAGAGGUGGAAGCUUUUAAUGAAGUUUUGUUCUCUGAGCUGGAUGGUUUAGUCAGGGAGCUUUCAUCGCUCUUCUGAACGACAUCAUCAGCACAAACUUCAGAUAGAAGUGAAGUGUUCGAAUUUCUUCAUAUGUGUUUCACAGCUUGUUCUGUUCAGCUCGACGUUGAUUGGUUCUUAUUGACCUUAAAUUUAUCAUUGUUUACUUCUGUGUUUUGGUUGUGUCCCCCAUUGGUUUGAUAUUUGUUCCUAUCACGUAUAUGCGUAGCACCAUCGAUGAACAAGGAGGAUUCAAUGCAGGUGUGCAGGUGAGGAUUGGCAAAGCAACAGCCGCACUCCUACAGUUGAAGGACAUAUGGAACUCAAAACCACUGUCAACCAAUAUCAAAGUGAGAAUCUUCAAUACGAACGUAAAGACAGUUCUACCGUACGGAGCUGAAACUUCGGGAACUACCACAACCGUCAUUAAGAAGGUACAGGUAUUUAUAAAGCAUUGUCUUCGUAAGAUACCGAAUGUCUGUUGGUCGGAUACCAUCAGCAACGAACUACUGUGAUGGGGAAGAAACCAAUUUCCAACCGAAGAGGAAAUUAGAACAUACAUUGAGGAAAUUGUGGAAUUGAUUCAUGAAAAAACCAUGACUUAGAGUCCCGAAGGGAGAAUGAAAAGUUGUAGACCGACGAACGGAUUGCGUCGAAAGGUGGAAGCAGACAUAGAGAGAAUGAAUAUUAACUGAAAAGAACCAAAAAUGAAUGUCCGGAACAGAGUUGAACGGCGAUUACUGGUGGGCAGUCUGUGCUCCACGACGCGGAUUAACUGGCGUUAGUGAACGAGUGCGUCACUUUCGCAAUCACAUAUUCCAUCAUUCGGAGGAGACAUUUUUAACGCAAAUACUGGUUCAUAAUUAUAAAACUUUACCUAACAUUAGAUCCCCCAAGAGUGAAGCUUGUAAUUCAAUCCAUAAUUACUCAGUUUUUGAAUUUUAUUUGUCAUUUUCUUGUACAAAACUCAAUCCGCCAAUUCAAAUGAUGCUUCAUAUAAUAUAAUAUAGAAGUUUCCUAUUUUCCCCUGUCAAAUAAAGGUUUAUAGAUGGGGCUUGUUAUAUGGAAGCCGUGGCUAAAGCAAUUUCUCAAGCGCAACACGAAGUUUUUAUUACUGACUGGUGUAUGCAUCCCACUGUAUUUCUUAGACGUCCAGUACGAGAUAACACAUGGCGCUUAGAUAUGCUGCUUCACGCAAAGGCAAAACAAGGAGUUAAAAUCUAUAUAAUGCUUUAUAAAGAAAGUGAGCUCGCCGUUAAAUUUCGAAGCAUAAAAGUAAAGCGCUGGCUUCGAUCUCUGCAUUCUAACAUAUAUACUUUUGAAGCUAUCAAGAAGGAUUGAAAUAGACUAGUGAAUUCAAUGUAUUCUUCAAGCCUUGUAUUUUCGUUAAAACUUAUUAAACAAACCAAAUGUAUAUGAACGUUAGUGAUUUACUUUUUUACCCUCUCUGUAACAUCAACAAGAAAAUCCAAUCGUCUAUGAAUAGCUUAUUUCAAGGGUUUACUUUUGUGGGCAGAUUAACGACGUGUAUUUAUUCACUCGUUUUUAAUUUGAAUCUUUUCUCUCAACGAAGAUAUACCGUUCUCCACGAUCUACACGCUUAUGGAGUCAUCAUGAGAAAAUGGUCGCUGUUGAUCAGUCAAUAGUUUUUCUUGGUGGAAUCGAUCUGUGCUUUGGUAGAUGGGACACCAAUAACCACAGGUUACAGGAUGUUCACAAAAUCGCUAAAGUUCAGGAGGUCAAUGCAGAAUUAAGAAGAAUAAAAAGUCUACGUAAACGAUCAAGGGGAACUUUACACCCUCAAGGCAAACAAAGUUCUGAUUUUGUUAACUUGGAAAUGCAAACAGUUGGCUCAGAAAGUGAUCUGACAAACUCAAGUUGUGAUCAAACGCCCAAGCCACGUCAUCGUAGACUGACUAAUGCGAUUCAACGUGCAGGAGAUGCAAUGCUUUCUAUUAUGUAUCAAAUGGCAUUGGAUAAAAAAGAAAGUUUAAGAGUUUUGAAUGCUCAAAUGAGUCCUGCUUACUGUGAGUCAGAAUGGGGAAACUAUGAUAACGAUACGCAUUUAGUUUACGAUAAUCCAUCUUAUGAAGACGAAGCUACAACAAAUGUUGUGAUACGCAAAGAAUUGGCCUCGCUAGAAGAGCUUUCACAAGCCGGUCAAAGAUGCACUUGGAUUGGACAAGAUUAUGUCAACUGGAGUUUAGUUGAACCAACUGCCAAAGAGCAUCCAGCAUUGGAUUUAGUAGAUAGAACAUGCGUUCCACGUAUGCCAUGGCAUGAUGUUGGCUGUGUGUUUGUUGGUACUGCUGCCUGUGAUAUAUCUAGACACUUUAUUCAACGUUGGAAUCAAAUACGAUUCAGGAAAAUAAGGUCUGCACCAAAAGGAAGUGGAAAACGGAUUUUUCAGCGUCUCGUACCUGGCUUGUUACCAUCACACCCAUGUUCUCCAUGGACUGAAACAAAAUUGUCAACGAUCCUUGUAGACCCAAGGCAAUCUGCAGUGUGUACUGUACAAGCUCUGCGAAGUGUUGCUAACUGGUCGUUAGGAGUUCAAUCGGGAGAUAAAAAAGGUUUCCGUAAAGCUUUCCGCAGAUUAUUUCAUCAAAACUUGCCUAGUCGGUACAAAAAUAACAUUGAUCUCGAUGAAACCAAAGAACAAAUUGGAUUAGAAAAGUCGGUUCUAAAUGCUUACAUUGAUAUGAUAAACCAGGCAGAAAACUUUAUAUAUAUUGAAAACCAGUAUUUUAUCAGCUACAUCUUAGGAUCACAAGAAGAUCAACACAGUGAUGAAGAUCUUGAAAGCGAAAAAAAUUCUACAAUUGAAAAAAGUCCUCAUGGACAAGCAUCUGAUCACCUUCAACCUAGUAACUCUAAUGCUUUGGUCAAAAAUCGCAUAUGUGAAGCCAUUUAUCUUCGUAUUUUACGAGCUUAUAACGAAGGAAAACUCUUCCGUGUUUUCAUAAUGCUCCCUUCACUUACCGCGUUCAAAGGUGAAGUUGGGACUUCAUCUGGGACGUAUAUACAUGCAAUUUUACACUAUACACGACAAAGCUUGUUUACAGGUGAACAUGCUUUAAUUCCCCGGUUGAAACAUGUUUUACCGAAUCCUGAAGACUAUGUUUCUAUAUGUAGCUUAAGAAAUUAUGACGAAUGGCCUGAUGAUUCUAUAGUAAGUCAACUUAGUGUAGUACUAAACGUAUUAACAAACCAGUGUAAUUUGAAUUAACGUCAGUGUAAAAUUAGUGACUGCUGUUUCAAGCGUCAAUGAGAUAAGCUAUUUGUAAACAUUCCUAUUUACGUGCGUUAUAACUGAAAAGAAAGACAUGACAACGGGCUUUAUUUUCGAAAUGUUAGAAACAAAUGGUUAGGAAUUGAUAUCGCUAUUCUGGGAUAUUCCAUACGUAGUUAGUUUUGAAAAGCUGUUUUUUUUUAAUAUUAAAACUGAAUUAUUCAAGGCUGAAGUUGGCAUGACUCAAGAUUGAUUUCUAACCAAAGAGUUCAUUCACUAUUUAUUCUUCUAUGUGGAUUCCACACUCUUUCACUGAAGUCAUACAUGUAUUUUAACCGUAAAUAUUUUUGGCUUUAUUUCAAGUAAAUAUACUUGAAAAUUUGUGAUAUUAUACACUUCUUACACUGUCAUUUUGCUGUUUUGUCUAAUUAUUGUAAUGUGGACUGUUUUGACAUCAUAAUUAAUGAUGAGCAAUUAAAUAUUUGUACUUUUUACAGAAUAAAUCAUUCCGCACUAAUUAAUGACUGUAAAAUUACCUUAGUCUAUUUUCAGUUUAUUUCCAAGUUUUUUAUUUUUAUAAAACUCUUUGAAACUGCUUUCGUAACUAAUUACUUUGAUUAGUCUGUUGAAAUUCUUGUCUGUUUUAGGUGUAUAUAUUAUGUUUGUUAAAUGUGUCGAAUGUUUACCAAUCUUAAAUAGUAGCCUUAUGUUCAUCGUCGCGAUAUUUACUGAUUUUAUUGCUUUUCCUGAUGCUUACUUAUUUCAGCACUGAUAUUUCAUCUUUGGUAAGAUAAUAUUAGAUAAGAGAAAAAAGACGAUCAAAGAACUAUUUAUUACUAACCAAACUGAAUCCUCACUACUAGUAUGCGUUAAAGCGUUAAAAUACGAAAAUACUUUAAUUUGUCACGUUGUAAGUAUGAUUCAGUGACCCUAUAAUUUUUACUGAGGGUAGAUUGAACGACUAAGAUUACUCAAAAAUCAAUAAAUAAAUUAAUUUAAUCUUCUUAUGAUCACUCAAUAAAGUAGAAGACAAGAAACAACCAUGAAUUAAUAUAAUCUUUUAUGCAUAGAUCGCAGAGUAUUUUAAAUAAUUUUUAGAACAAUGUAUCUAUGAUCUUAUACGGAAAUCAGUUCGCUAGAUUAUUCCAGGUACUUUUAACAUGAUUUACCACUUUUUAGCAAGUAGUUUAUUUACGUAAUGUUUCAAUGACAUGAUGCACCUAUGAAUCUCCUAGUGAAUAUAACGUUUUAAAACAUUAAAAAUAUAAGGAUUCCUCAUUGAAAUGGCUUUCAGCAUUGCGUUAUUCGUUUUCGAGUUUAUCCUUCUCUUUCCAUUUCAGAGAACAGAACUAAUUUACAUUCACAGCAAAGUUAUGAUUGUUGACGACAAGAAGAUGGUUUUGGGAUCAGCUAAUAUAAAUGAUCGAAGCAUGUUGGGCUUUCGUGAUAGUGAAUUGGGUAUUAUAAUCGAAAGUAACUCAGACAAUGACUUAAUUGAGGGAAAGCUUGGAAAUACAUGUGCAAAAGUACAUCCAUUUAUACAAAGAUUUCGCAGAAGUUUGAUGGCUGAAUUCCUUGGAAUGUUGCCAAAGAUUCCAAAAGAAUACAAAACGUAUGUGCAUCAUGACCUGUUAGAUGACCCAGUAUCAAAUGAAUUUUUCCACGACGUUUGGAAUGCAACUGCUGUUAACAACGGAGAGAUUUUCGAGAAAGUUUUUAAUUGCAUACCUGGCUCAGGCUUGUUAACCUUUCGACAGUGCGCUGAAAGGAGAAAUGAAGUCCCAUUAAUUGUCAGUGAUCGUGAAAAAGCAAUUGAGUUACUUAAAAAUGUAAGAGGCUACUUAGUACCAUUUUAUUCUGAUUUCCUUGCGGACGAAUCACUAGUAUGUCCAGUAGGAAGUAUAGAACGAAUGAUUCCAGAAGUAAUUUGGACAUGACACUCGGAAUAUUUUUUUCAUAUUACCAGAUAAUCUAAAAUACUUCUAUUAUUUUGUCUUUCUAAAGUGUUCAUUACUUUUAAGAAUAAUUAAUCAUAUGAUAUCAGUUCUUAUUUAAAUUAUUUGUAACUUUUUUAUAGUAAUUCAGAUUUCAUUAACUUAACUUUAUUUUUGCUAAGUAUAACUUUUAUACUUUUCCGAAACAUUUUAACACGUUUAUGUCUUUCUAAACAGUCUGAAAAUGAAUCCAAACGAAACUUUAAAUAGCAGUAAAACAUAAAGCUUUGAAUAAUAUUUUUACAGUUGUGCAAAAAGAUAACUCUCCAAGAACAACUUGAACCGGUGAAUACAUUAAAAUAGGUUGAUUUUGUUUUUAUCAGAGGUACUGACAGUGGUUAUUACUACUACUAUAGAAUACCUAUAACAAAAUGAUUAACUAUUUAGAUAUGUUUCAAGUAUAUUCUUAUUUUCUUUCACAGUAUUAAACAAAAAUAAAUAUUACGUAUAA